AUGUCAGCUCAUAAAGUUCUGCUGGUUGGAAUCAGUGGGUGUUCUUCUAGUGGUAAAACCACCUUGGCCAAACUAAUUACGAGCCUACUGCCUUCAGCAGUCUUGCUUCAUGAAGACGACUUUUUCAAGCACGAUGAAGAUAUUCCCUAUGAUGAAAAAUAUCAGGUAAGUAACUGGGACUCCCCUGAUGCCUUGGACUUGGCACUAUUUCGCAAGGAACUCGACUACAUCAAAGAAACGGGCACAAUAUCUACCGAAUUGAUACACAACAAUAACCACCAAAAUAGCCGGGCCGUCUCACUAGACGCAGACACCCAGCAUGCCAUCGUGGGGAAGCUUGCAGCUGCAUUUAAGGAUUCUAACACCAAGGUAGUCGUCGUCGAUGGGUUCCUGAUGUACCAUGAUGCGGAACUGUCAAAAAAAUUCGACCUUAAAGUGUUGAUCAGGGCUCCUUACUCUACACUGAACAAACGAAGAGCUGAUAGGAGUGGAUACCAGACUCUGGAAUCAUUUUGGAUCGACCCGCCAUUUUAUUUCGAUGAAUUUGUCUACAAGUCCUACAGCGAGUGUCACGCACACCUCUUUGAAGACGACAACGUAGAGGGAACUUUGAAAGAGAAUUGCGGCGUUCACGACUAUAUGAAUGACGACAAUGCAAAAAUAGGUGAAGCGCUGCUGUGGCUCUGUGAUCUGAUUGUCUCGCUGCGCUAA